ACCCUAUUGUCAGGAAAGAAUGGUAAGCCCUCGCAUGAAGCUUGGUCGGCAUAUGGGAAAGAGGACUUACACAGCGUAAUAGGAGAACGCUGUCCAAAACGCAACAGCUUGAGUACAUCUCGGCUGUGAAAUGUCUCCAGUCCAAGCCAGGCCAGACCCAAGAACUCUACUCGGGAGUGCGGUCUCGGUUCGAUGACUACCAGGGCCUACACAUUUACCAGGCGAUCAUUCAACAGAUUCACAUGGUCGGACGGUUCCUACCAUGGCACCGCAUCUACCUCGCCCUGUUCGAGGCCGAUCUCAAGAGUAGCUGCGGAUACCAGGGCGCUCUCCCAUACUGGGACUGGUCACUUGACGUCACCACGGAGACCUCCUUCCUCGAAUCCCCCAUCUUCGACCCCGUCUACGGCUUCGGUGGCAACGGCGCCUUCAUCGAGGACGUAAGUAACAUAACCCAAACCUCGGGCGUCCCUGUCCCAGGCCGCUCUGGCGGUGGCUGCUUGACCACCGGUCCUUGGGCCAACUUCACCGUCAACAUGGGUCCCGGAGAGAGCACGGAAUACACGCCGUCUUGCCUGCGCCGCGACAUAGCCCCCGAGUUUGCCUCGCGUACUUGUGCCAAAGCCAUGGUAGACUGGACGCUUGAGGAGGACGAUUUCGCCUUGUUCGAUAUGCGCAUCGAGGCGAUGAACCUAACCCUCGACGGCACGACGACGCAUGCUUGUGGACAUUGGGGGGUGGGCGGGCAGGUCGGUCAAAUGGCCGACGUGUGGUCGUCGCCCGGAGAUCCGAUUUUCUAUCAACAUCAUGCCAAUAUCGAUUAUCUGUGGUACAAAUGGCAGAUGCUAGACUGGCCUGCUCGCAAGACGGCCAUCGGUGGUCCGGAUGUGGCGGGGGCAUACCCCUUUCUCUUCUUCGGCGACAUCCCCUACAACAAUGUUACGCUCGACUAUGAGCUUGACCUCGGUAUGAUAGGGGGAAAUAUAACCGUCCGAGACGUCAUGGAUACCACCGCCGGCAAGCUUUGCUACACAUAUGAGUAAUGAGUUGCCAGAGUCAGAAUACAUGACCGUGGUUACCAUAGACUUGGUGGUGUCCAAGCUGUAUACAUUCCUUGCAACGCACAUUCCAUCUCUGUAGAUACAAAACAUAGAUAGACCCUAAUUCUGUAUACAUAAUUUCAUUCGACAAGUUAU